AUGCACCCCCAUGAUACUUUCCACGCCGACGACACCGCUGCCGGCGACUCUCUUGCCCAACCGUCCAAGACGCGCAGCCUGUCGGACGGCGCCGGCCCCCAGCUCUCGCCCUCGCCCUUCAUCGUCGAGGCCCAUCGCCGAACCUCAAAGGACGACACUUCCCUCGCCAGCAAGCCCCGGGACAUGGCCGCCCCCGUCACGCCUCGCCGCCAGGGCUUUCCCAUCGCCAGCGGCCUCAACCUCGCCCUCCACAUGCCGUCGCAGGAUGGCCAAUCUGCCGCCAUGGCUGGGAUCAGCCCCUACGCGAAGCCGACACUGACGCCGACGCCGCUGUCCCCCAAGCUCGACCACUCCCAGAUCUACGCGUCGCCCACAAACAUCCUGCCACGACGCUCAAGAGGUCUCGACUUUUCACGGGCAGCGACCAGCCUACACCACUCCACCCUCGCCGAACAGACGUCGCCAGACACAUCUCCCACCAUCAGCGGGCGUGCCAUGAAUAUACCGGGCCGCGGCAGCUACGAUGGCGGCGAGCAAUCCUCGAAUUCACUGUGGUCCAUGAUGGGCACGCAAGAGAGAAUGAACAUCUCGAGCUCUGUAGGCAGUACGAGCAUGUUCGCCUCGGGGAGCUCCUCCAGUUCUGACGAAGGGGACUUCAUGGACGAUGAGAUGGAAGACGCGAUCAUGAGCACGCCACAGCAGCUUCCUAGGAAUAGCUCGCAUAUUGGAGUGCAGACGCCAACCCAACCUAACCAUGUUAUCCCGUGGGCGCCAGAGACCUCUCCAGCCAUUACCAGCUUGUCCAGCUUCCGUACCAGGCCCCGAAGGCAACCUAAGAAGAAACUCAGGGGUUUGCUUGGGCUAGGAUUCAAUUCGGCUUCGCCUGCAGCCCUGUCACGAUCACCCCCGAGCAAUCUCGCCAAGGAGACGAGGGAUAUGCCCAUUAGCCAUUCUCGCAGAGAAAGCAUCAGCUGGGCCGCAAACCAGCUGCACAUCUCCAGUAACGAUAACGACGAUAGAGGUAUGGACGAAGGUAUGCCGACCCCAAGCAAAGAUGGUCAGAGGGGCGUCAUUAGGAGAGCCGUCACACGCCGCGGCAAUCUUCUCCCGAAAACCAAGGGAUUCGCUCGCAUUCGCGCUGCUCUUGCCGAGGAAAGCACGCCGGUCGAUGCGGAGCUACAUAGGGAAGCCGAAGUCAUCCGCCAAGUGCGGGAGAGCGAUGUCAAUCUCGAGCCCCGUAUGCAUGCUGGUCAUCCUCCACCAUUGGAUCUGGCCAACCUGCCCUCGACUGUCCAGUCCUCGCCCGACCUGAAUGCCACCUCCGGAGGCCUUGACGAUAUGCCUGAGAUGGAGAUGGAAAGCAUUCCAGGCCCGGUUAGAAAUCUGCGACACCACCCAUACAGGAUGUCACGUGGCAGAAAGCCGUCGGAAGCCCUAUCUGAUGCCAGCAGUGCAGCCGGCAUACGGACAACGCCUCCUCACAUUCCGUUCCUACCGCGCGAAUCAUCGUCGGGCAUGAGUGAGGAUAUCAACAUGGACUCGCCCUCGCAAUCUGUUCAGCAAGAUCCACAACUGCUGCAGCAGCAACAGCAGGCAGGCAUGCCUCCCACGGCCGCCGAGAUCACACGCCGGAUCAACAACAAGCGCCGGCGAGACGACGACUUCGACCCGAUGAGCAUGAAGCGACGAGCUGUGAGCCCUGGUAUGAGCACGCAUAACUCGCCGGUGGGACAGAGCCCAAUGCAGCGCGACGGUGCAUCCUGGGGUUCUCGCCAAGGCAGCACCGCUGGCGGGGACAAAGCGUCAGCCACACCCAGCGAGAAUGGUGCCAGCACUCCUGCGAGCAACGGCGUCGGCGGUAGCGGCGGCGGAGGCGGCGGCGCCUCAUCCACGACUGCGACAGCGGGCCCAUUCGCCACGGGCGCAGGUACAGCCGGGUCGGGAUCCCGGCCAGUCAGCGGUGCCGGCAAGGGCCGCGUAGGCCUGCAAGGCAUGACGGAUACCCACGACAGCUUGAUGCGUAUGAGCAUCGAGUAG